AUGUUCUCGAUUAAUGACGAAUACGCAUCGGAUGAUUGUCGGUCAGCAGCCAAGUGCAUUCUUCCAUUUCCAGAUGAAUUUCGUUCGAUUUGUAAUCACUUUUGCAAUAGAACUCGAUGUUUGAAUAUAAUUAUGAACGAAUGUCCACCGAUGUUUAACUUACCGGUCGUUCCAAUUCUUCUCGGGAACGUGUAUUUUGCUUUUGAAAAAACUGAUUUUAACAAGGCAAACAGCACACAUUUCGAACAACCAUAUGUCUGUUACAACAAUUCUCUUUAUGAUCGUUAUUUUCACAGUGAUUCAACCGUGUUCUUUUAUGGAAGAAAAUGUUUCCGUAUAUCCGUUCUAAAUCGAACUUUUUCGACAACGAACAAUAAUACUCUUGACCUGAAAUAUCUGCAACGGAUCUACGAUCAAUUACAAUCAAACAAUCAACAGACAUAUAUCAAGUCGAUGGAAAUUUAUCCUACAUUUCAUUGUUCUGCUGAUCAGCAAAUAUCAAUUGCGGAUGGUCCAUUUCCUCAUGAUGGUGAAUAUAUGUAUUAUUUAUGUAGUCAAGAUAUAAAUCAUAGUCAACCAAGGAAAGAACGUAUUCCGUUUGGAUCGAUUUGUGACAGACAUAUUAAUUUAUUACCGAGAGUUAUUCAUGGACAAGAUGAAACGGAUGAAACUGAAUGUGAUACAUGGCCAUGUAAUAAUUUACAUACUCAUUGUGAUGGAUUUUGGAAUUGUUUAGAUGGAGAUGAUGAAAUUCGUUGUGACAAAUCAUUUGUAUCAACUCGUUUGUCUAUUGAAUACAAAUGUAUUACAGUUCAUACAAAGCAAAUCGUAUGUUUAUCUCCUGAUAGAGUAAAUGAUGGUCAAAUUGAUUGUCUCGGUGCUAUCGAUGAACCAACAAUUUGUCAAAAAAACUCUUUUUAUUGUACAAAAGAUCAUUUCGGAAUAUGUAUCGACAUCACAAAUUUAUGUGACAACUGGAAUAUUUCUUCGAUUCAACGACUUUGUCCAGAAUUGAAUUUUCUUUCGAAUAAUAUCAGAUCGAUUGCAUUUCAAGAAAGUAUUCAAACACAUCGAUGUCAAUUGGUAAGAAAUUCCUAUGUACUGACAUUCACAGUUUUGAAUGUUGACAAAUUGUAUCUGCACAAUUUUGGUUAA